AUGGCAGAGACCGAGAAAAAGAAAAAGAAGAAGGCGGGGGAAGAGCUGUACAUAAAGCCGGAAGAGACUCAGAAGCCGAUUGACACGUCUAAGUGGCCGCUGCUGCUCAAGAACUACUCGAAGCUGCUGGUCAGGACGGGUCACUACACUCCCUUGCCCUUUGGAUGCUCGCCGAUGACACGGCCGCUGGAUGCUUACCUGCUCUACGGCAUUCUCAACUUGGACAAGCCUGUGAACCCUUCUAGCCAUGAGGUGGUCUCCUGGAUUAAGCGGAUUAUGAACUGCGAGAAGACCGGACACUCGGGCACUUUGGAUCCCAAGGUUUCCGGAUGCCUUCUCGUGUGCUUAAACCGAGCAACACGCCUCGUGAAAGCCCAGCAGUCAGCGGGCAAAGAGUACAUUGCUGUAGUUCGAUUCCAUUCUGACGUUGGCAGUGCGUCGAAGGUCCAGAAGGCCUUGGACGAACUGACCGGAGCAUGUUUUCAGAGGCCUCCGGUGAUUUCGGCGGUGAAGAGGCAGCUGCGCGUUCGUACCAUCUACGAGGCGAAGCUGCUUGAGUACAAUGCGAAAAGACAGAUGGCAGUCGUUUGGGCCUCCUGCGAGGCCGGAACCUACAUCAGAACUCUUUGCGUUCAUCUCGGCUUCAUGCUGGGUGUUGGCGCACACAUGCAGGAGCUUCGGCGAAAUAGGUCUGGCGUCCUGGACGAACAUAAAUACAUGUCCACGAUGCAUGAUGUCCUAGACGCGCAGUACAUGUACAACAACAUGAGAGACGAAAAGUACUUGCGUCGAAUCGUUAUGCCCUUGGAGCUCAUUCUCACAAACUACCCGCGGAUUGUCGUCAAGGACAGUGCCGUCAACGCCAUUUGUUACGGGGCGCAGCUCAUGAUCCCAGGGGUGCUGCGGUUCGAGCAAGAGGUUGAGGUCGGCUCGGAAAUAGUCAUGAUGACAACGAAGGGAGAGGCCAUCGCGACUGGGAUUGCCCAGAUGACAACGGCAGUCAUCGCUUCCGUGGACCAUGGUGUUGUAGCGGUGAUAAAGCGCGUCAUCAUGGAGCGGGACACAUACAACAUGCGAUGGGGCUAUGGUCCUCGUUCAAGUGACAAGAAGAAGCUCAUCCUUGCGGGAAAGCUGACAGAAAAGGGCAAGCCUAACGAGAACACACCGAAGGCUUGGCUCUUGGGCCAAGGAAGGUGGAGCUACCUUCCGAAGCUCACCAGCGAAGAAGCUCAGGCGGAGAUGGACGAAGCUCUAAAAGCAGCCAAAGCUGGCAAGAAAAAGCGCGCAGCAGAGGCUGGUGAUGUGCGGCAAUACAGGUCCGAGAGCAGUCCAGUUUUCAUGAUGCAACGCGAAGAAUGUCUGGACAUGGACGGCGGUGCUGCUGCAACGGAUGCGACGGCUGCGAAACUUCAUAGCGGUGCAACUGACGCGGCUGUGCGACGAGAUGACCAUCUGCGAUCGUUUAUCCAGGAAGAGUUUGGCAAGCAGGCUGAUCUGCUUCAGGAAUUGUCUUCUCAAAUCAGGUCUGCAGUGGAAGGAGGUGUGGCACUGCGUGGACAUCUGCGGGAGUUUUCCUUUGCGCAUCGCCCAUCUCCCUCGGCUAAGAAAGCCCCCAAAGCUGCUGGCGACGAUCCGCGUCUUGAUGAUUCUGACACACAUGCCAAGACUAGCGCUGAAGGCAAGAGGGAGCACCACAAGGAUCAGAACAAGUUCUACGAGCCAGGCGACCCAUUCUGGGACAACGAGUUGCAGACCAGACUGAAUGAGCAUCAGAGAAAGGCCUUCGCGAAAGCCAAGUCUGCCACGCUGAACUCCAUGAGCCACCACGAAUCUCAACCACAACCAGGAUUCUUGAGUGGCAUUGCGCACAUCACUGUCACUUCUAGCAUCUUCCAGGCGGGUAUCAUGCUUCUCAUCCUGAUCAACCUUGUACUUCUGGGAGUUGAGGUCGAUGUAGCUUCCACCUUGCCACCCGGUGAAGAGCCCCCGUGGUUUCAAACGGUGAACGUGAUUAUCGUUCUCAUUUUCGUCGCCGAGAUUGUCUUGAAGUUCGUCGCGCACGGAUGCAGAGACUUCUUCUGCGGUCCGGAUAGGUGGUGGAACAGUUUCGAUUUGGCAAUUAUUGCUGCAUCCGUCUUCGAGACUGCUAUGGAGCUCAUUGCAUCUGCAAUAUCUGUGGGCAGCAUGGAUUCCAGCCAUUUGCGAAUAAUGCGUUUCGUUCGCCUGGGUCGAGCUCUUCGUGGAGUGCGUGUCAUGCGACUGCUUCGCUUCAUUUCCGCUCUUCGGUCGAUCGUUUUCGCGAUUCUGAGCACAUUGUGGUCGCUGGUUUGGACCUUGGUUCUGCUGAUUCUGCUGUUCUACUGCUUCGGUGCCUCAGAUGCAUCUACUGUCAGCAAGCAUUCGGUGCCCUUAGCCGGUACAGGUGUCAUCCUUGCCCAGCUCGUGUCUGACCACUGUCGAUACCAGGAUCCAUCAGAGGAGUGCUCACCAGUACUCCGACGGUUCUGGUCCAGCGUCCCGGAGAGCAUGCUCACAUUAUUCAUGUCCAUAACUGGUGGCCUGAGCUGGGUUGAAGCGUUGGAGCCGCUGCGAGAUGCCACUCCGAUUGCGGCGGCCUUCAUGCUCGUAUACAUAUUUAUAACCAUCUUUGCCAUUCUUAAUGUGGUGACUGGAGUUUUCUGCAACAAUGCCAUCGAGAGCGCAAAGGCUGAUAAGGAGAUCGCUAUCAUGAAGCAAAUGCACUGGCAUCAAAGCCAGCUGCGCACCCUGAAAGGAGUGUUCAGAGAGAUCGACGCAGACACUUCGAACAUGAUCACAUUUCUCGAGUUGGAGGAGGCACUAUCGCAAAAGAAGCUCGCGAGCUUUAUGGAAUCGAUGGACAUAUCCACUCAGGACAUCUGGACCCUGUUCAUGGUGUUGGAUGCGGACGAAAGCGGUGAAAUUUCGCUUGAGGAGUUUGUGGAAGGCUGCAUGCAGCUGCAAGGUCCAGCGCAAAGCGUGCAGCUUGCGAGAAUGAGAUACGAAACGAAGAUCACUCGACAGGAGAUCCAGAGAGUGUUCGCAGAAGUCCAAGAGUUGGGCACCAUGCUGCAUGGUUGCUGA